AUGGCUGCCGGUGACGAAGACGGUUAUAAAGGUGGCUGGGUGCUGGAGGCUGGGACAGAUAUUCAGACCCAGUUCUACCAGAGCUCCCAGCAGCAUGGUCCUGUGGCAGACAUUUUGAUGGUAAGCAUGAGGAUGAGGAUGUCAAAGACCCAAACUGGAAGGAAGAUGAGGAACCAGUUCUACUGCACCUUCCCAUCCAGCCUGAGCACCAGCAUGACCAGAUAUGGCCAUGCAGCCCCCAGCACAGAUGGAGGGAAGGUCUUCUGCAUGCUUUACGCCCUUCUGGGCAUCCCGCUUACUUUAGUCAUGUUUCAAAGUGUGGGUGAGCGCAUCAACACCUUUGUAAGGUUUCUGCUCCACCGCCUGAAGAAGUGCCUUGGAAUGAGGCACACUGAAGUUUCCAUGGCCAACAUGGUCUCCAUUGGUUUUAUAUCCUGCAUGAGCACACUGUGUGUGGGGGCACUGGCCUUCUCCCACUUUGAAAAAUGGAACUUCUAUCAUGCGUACUACUACUGCUUCAUCACGCUCACCACUAUCGGCUUUGGGGACUACGUGGCUCUGCAGAAAGAUCAGGCCCUGCAAACCAAGCCAGAGUAUGUAGCCUUUAGUUUUAUUUACAUUCUGACGGGCCUGGCUGUGAUCGGAGCCUUCCUCAACUUAGCAGUACUGCGAUUCAUGACGAUGAACGCUGAGGACGAGAAGAGGGACGCUGAGCAGAGGGCUCUCCUUGCCCACAACGGACAAGCAGGCGGGCACAUCAACUGCUCUGUAGACCCGGCCUCCCCGUCCUUCACGCCGCCAGGCUGUGGAGGAGGGAGCGCAGUUGGAGGGAGCAGCGGGGGAGCGGCGAGUCGCGGCCUGCGUAACGUUUAUGCCGAGGUGCUCCACUUCCAGUCUAUGUGCUCGUGUCUGUGGUAUAAGAGCAGAGAAAAACUGCAGUACUCCAUACCCAUGAUCAUCCCACGGGACCUCUCCUCCUCAGACACCUACAUGGAGCAGGGGGAGGCUUUUUCUAACCCUCUUCACUCUAACGGCUGCAUGUGCAGCUUGCAGCACCACUCGGGCAUCAGCUCCGUGUCCACCGGCCUGCACAGCAUUAACACCUACAGAAGACUUAAUAAACGUAGAAGCUCUAUCUGA